AUGGAGGAGAGAGAAACGAUGAAGCAGAAGACGGAGACGAAGAAGCAGAAGCGCGCGCGCUCGGGGUUCUGGACAUGGGUCGUCGCGUCGGUCGCGUCGGUCGCGUUCCGGCUCGCCCUCGUCUACCUCCCCAGGAACCUCCGCCUGUCCACCCGCCCCGAGUUGGCGAAGGCUAAGUCGGUGAUGUUCCAUGUGUCACGGUUCUCCUUUGCUGUUGCUCGUUCUCGGACUUCUCGCUGUCAAAAGGAUCCUUUUAUCUUCCCUCCAUACCACAAAGCAGCAAGGGAGCCUUUUGACUACUAUAUGUUUGGUCAAAAUUACAUCCAUCCUCUGGUUGAUUUCAGAAACUCAUAUGUUGGAAACAUUCCUGUUUUUGAUGAAAUCCGUGAGAAACUUCAGGAGGGCCACAACGCCAUUUUGAUAUCCAACCACCAAACGGAAGCAGAUCCAGCUGUUAUUGCUCUGCUUCUUGAAGGAACACAUUCACAUAUUGCGGAGAAUGUGACUUAUGUAGCUGGAGAUAGAGUUGUAACAGAUCCACUCUGCAAGCCCUUCAGUAUGGGAAGGAACCUUGUUUGUGUAUUCAAAAAGCAUAUGUUUGAUGUUCCAGAGCUUGUUGAGAUGAAAAGGAGAUCAAAUACACGAAGCUUGAAGGAAAUGGCUUUGCUUUUAAGGGGUGGAUCACAACUACUGUGGAUUGCGCCAAGUGGUGGCAGAGAUCGUCCUGAUCCUCUUACAGGAGAAUGGUAUCCGGCACCCUUUGAUUCUGCUGUUGUAGACAAUAUGAGGAGGCUUGUAGAACAUUCUGCUGUGCCAGGACAUCUCUACCCAUUAGCAUUAUUGUGCUAUGAUAUCAUGCCACCUCCACCCCAGGUGGAGAAAGAAAUUGGUGAAAAAAGAGUGAUUACUUUCCACGGUGCUGGGUUAUCAGUUGGACCGGAGAUUAAAUUCAAUGAAGUUACUUCCACCUGUUACAACUCUGAGGAGGCGAAGGAGGUAUAUGCACGGGCUCUUUAGAGUAUUACUGCGCAAUAUAAUAUUCUCAAAUGUGCUAUACAUGACAAAAAAGGACUUGAAGCAUCAACUGCAGAGGUUUCCUUGUCGCAACCAUGGAAUUAUGAGAAUUAGUGGCAUCUUUCCAG